CUUGCUUAGGAAGGCGAAGCAGCAAACCAGGCCUCGAUUUCUUCUUCGUUGUUUUUGGUUCUGAACUUCUAUAUUUGUUGGUUUCUUACUUCCACUCAUCUAGCCUUUUGAGUUCUAAGGGAAUUGAAGAAUGGCAACAAAACAUAAGGGUCGUGCAAUAGGAAUCGAUCUAGGAACUACAUACUCGUGUGUUGCAGCAUGGGAAGAGCAAAAUGGUCGUGCAGAGAUUAUUGUGAAUGAUCAAGGCAAUAGAACAACACCUUCUUUCGUUGCCUUCACUGAUUCUCAAAGGUUGAUUGGUGAUGCUGCUAAAAAUCAAGCUGCUGCAAAUCCGUCUAACACCAUCUUUGAUGCUAAAAGGUUGAUUGGCAGAAAAUACAAAGAUCCCACAAUCCAGAAUGAUCUUCACUUAUGGCCAUUCAAGGUUAUACCUGGUGUUGAUGACAAACCAAUGAUUAUGGUGAACUACAAAGGCAAGGAAAAGUGCCUUGCUGCUGAAGAAAUCUCAUCUAUGAUUCUCACAAAGAUGAAGGAGAUUGCAGAGGCCUAUAUGGAGUCUUCUGUGAACAAUGUAGUGAUUACAGUCCCUGCCUAUUUCAAUGACUCGCAGCGAAAAGCCACCAAAGAUGCCGGCAUCAUUGCCGGCCUUAAUGUCAUCAGAAUCAUCAACGAACCAACAGCUGCGGCUCUUGCAUAUGGCCUUCAAAAGAGAGCCAACUGUUCCAGAAAGCGCAAUGUUUUCAUAUUUGAUCUUGGUGGUGGUACCUUUGAUGUGUCUCUAGUCACAAUUAAAGGUGAUAACAUUGAAGUCAAGGCCACUGCUGGAGACACUCAUCUCGGAGGGGAAGAUUUCGACAACAGAAUGGUGAGUCACUUGGUACAACAGUUCAAAAGAAAGAACAGAGUUGACAUUACUGGGAAUCCCAGAGCACUGAGGAGGUUGAGAAACGAAUGCGAGAAAGCAAAAAGGACACUUUCACAUACUAAUGAGACUACAAUUGAGAUAGAUGCUUUGUUUCAAGGCAUUGAUUUUCAUUUUUCAGUAACUCGUGCAAGGUUUGAGGAACUCAACAGGGACUUGUUUGAGAAGUGCAUGGAGAUCGCUCAGAAGUGUCUUUAUGAUGCUAAGAUGGAAAAAAGAGAGAUACAUGAUGUGGUCCUUGUUGGUGGAUCUUCUAGAAUCCCAAAAGUGCAGAGUUUAUUACACAACUUCUUUGAAGGGAAGGAGCUUUGCAAGAGUAUCAACCCGGAUGAAGCCGUGAUUUUUGGUGCUGCUGUUCAAGCUGCAUUGUUGAGUGAAGACUACAGCAUUUUCCCAACCUUGGUUCUGGUGGAUGUCACUCCUCUGUCUCUUGGUGUACGAACUAUAGGAGAUUUGAUGAGUGUUGUAAUUCCUAGGAAUACCAUCAUUCCUGCAAAAAGAAGUGCUAUAUAUCGUACAGCUGAAGAUUAUCAACCCGCUGCUUCGAUAAAUGUGUAUGAAGGUGAAAGGACAAAAGCCAGUGACAAUAAUUUGCUGGGUAUGUUUUCGCUUUUGGGCCUUCCUCGUGUUUUUAGAGGCCAUCCUUUCAAUCUUUACUUUGAACUGGAUUUUGAUGGUAUCUUGAAGGUCCGUGCUGUGGAUGAAACAACUGGUAGCAAGAAUGGAAUUACCAUUACUAAUGAGAAAGGAAGACUCUCAAGUGCUGAAAUUAAGAGAAUGAUUGAGGAAGCUGCGUCGUUCAGAGAAGAGGAUAAGAAGUUCAAGAAGAUGGUUAACGCAAAGAAUGAUUUGGAUGAAUAUAUUUACAGGAUGGAGAAAGCUAUGAAGGAUUUUGAUGUAAGCUCUAAGGUUUCGGCUUCUGAAAAGCAGAGAAUUAUGACUGCAUUAAGAGAGGGAGAAAGAUUGCUUCAGAGUGAGCAUCAAACUGAGGCUUCUGUGUUUGAAAACUAUCUUAAAAACUUGCACAACAUUUGUCAACCAAUAUGUCAACAAGGUCCAUGGAUACAAAUGGCAAAAAAACAUAAGGGUCGUGCAAUAGGAAUCGAUCUAGGAACUACAUACUCAUGUGUUGCAGCAUGGGAAAAGCAAAAUGGUCGUGCAGAGAUUAUUGUGAAUGAUCAAGGCAACAGAACUACACCUUCUUUCGUUGCCUUCACUGAUUCUCACAGGUUCAUUGGUGAUGCUGCUAAAAAUCAAGCUGCUGCCAACCCCUCUAACACCAUCUUUGAUGCUAAAAGGUUGAUUGGCAGAAAAUACAAAGAUCCCACAAUUGAGAAUGAUCUUAAGUUAUGGCCAUUCAAGGUUGUAUCUGGUGUUGAUGACAAACCAAUGAUUAUGGUGAACUACAAAGGCAAGGAAAAGUGCCUUGCUGCUGAAGAAAUCUCAUCUAUGAUUCUCACAAAGAUGAAGGAGAUUGCAGAGGCCUAUAUGGACUCUUCUCGAAAAGCCACCAAAGAUGCCGGCAUCAUUGUUUACUUUGAACUGGAUUUUGAUGGUAUCUUGAAGGUCCGUGCUGUGGAUGAAACAACUGGUAGCAAGAAUGGAAUCACCAUUACUAAUGAGAAAGGAAGACUCUCAAGUGCUGAAAUUAAGAGAAUGAUUGAGGAAGCUGCGUCGUUCAGAGAAGAGGAUAAGAAGUUCAAGAAGAUGGUUAACGCAAAGAAUGAUUUGGAUGAAUAUAUUUACAGGAUGGAGAAAGCUAUGAAGGAUUUUGAUGUAAGCUCUAAGGUUUCGGCUUCUGAAAAGCAGAGAAUUAUGACUGCAUUAAGAGAGGGAGAAAGAUUGCUUCAGAGUGAGCAUCAAACUGAGGCUUCUGUGUUUGAAAACUAUCUUAAAAACUUGCACAACAUUUGUCAACCAAUAUGUCAACAAGGUCCAUGGAUACAGUGAUGAUGAAACUUGGAUUAUUAUUACUAAGACAAUUUAGGGAAAUUUCAGCAUGCUCUUUUUAUUUUGUUUUGCUUCUGUUUUGUGUUGCCUCCUUAACAGUAAAAAGGAGAGCUCUAUCUUGUGUUUUAUCUAAUUGUUCAAGGAUUAAGACCAUGAUAUUGACUAAUGAAUAUGAAUG